AUGAAGUUCCUUCCAAGUAUGAAGACCAGGGCUGACUACCAGUGCACGUCCCGACCCACCGAAGCUGAGAGUUUGGAGAACAAUGUGAGGACAUUCGCACCUCCACAGCCGAAUGAUCUUCCUUCGCAGUUUUCGGGGGGGGGGGGCAAUUUGCAUGAUGUAUUUGCCGAUUUGGUCGGACUUUUCCUCCUUUGGCUCCAGUUUUACGUCUUCAUGGAGGUGCUCCUGCGCCGUCGCGCUCUUUGCGCGGCCCUGGUCUUAGUGCUGCGGCUGGGCGGCUUCCAUUCUGGCUUUGCCGUUGGCUCGACCUACAAGAUCACCUUUUUGCAAGAAGGCGAUUGA